GUUUUGUAAGAACCGAGAAUCAGCCAACCGCGUAACAGAAAACCUGUACUCGCUCCUCAUUGGCCAACAAAAUGUAGCUCCGCAUUAUAAAUACUCGUGAUCUCGUAGCAGAGUAUUAUUUCUCGUUUUGCAAGAUUGUUCGUUAGUUGUCUCGCAAUGGCUCCUCCGAAAAGCGCUGGUAAAGCUGUCAAGAAGGCCGGUAAAGCCCAGAAGAACAUCAAGAAGGAUGAUGGCAAGAAGAAGCAUAAGAAAAGGAAAGAAUCCUAUGCCAUCUAUAUCUACAAAGUGUUGAAGCAGGUCCAUCCCGAUACUGGAGUUAGCUCGAAAGCUAUGAGCAUCAUGAACUCGUUCGUCAACGACAUUUUCGAAAGAAUUGCCGCCGAAUCGAGCCGUUUAGCUCACUACAACAAGCGUUCCACCAUCACCAGUCGGGAAGUCCAGACCGCUGUUCGUCUUUUGUUGCCUGGAGAAUUGGCCAAACACGCUGUUUCCGAAGGCACCAAGGCUGUAACUAAAUACACCAGUUCGAAGUAAAGCCCCGUCAUCGUAUUAUUAAAACGGCCCUUUUCAGGGCCAC